AUGAGAAUAUUGCUAAUGUGUAACAUGGGGGCGAAAUCUAAAAUAAUAUACUUUAUUAACAUUUGCACCUUCACUUUUUUAAUGUGUGCAUUAUGGGUUUAUUACAAUGAUGAGAAUAUUUUUUCUAAUUCAGUUAAUAAAGAGCACAAGAUAGCUAAUGUAACAUAUUUUAUAAGAUCACGUCUAUUAGCAGCAUACAUGGAUAGCCAUUUUGAUUCUUUAAGGUUUAGACAAUUUUGGGUUAAUCACGAUGCGGAAAGAAAAUUAGCCCAUAGAAACGAAUAUAAGUUAGCAAAAAACAUUAGAAUGGAAUUAGCAAACAAUGUUAAAAUGAAGACAUCAAAUAAUAUUAAAACACAAUUAAAAGAAAAAAAAGUAAAAGAGUAUUCUAAUUUAUUUAAAGAAACAUACCCACGUCGAAAAAAAAAAAAAAAAUCCCUAGCUUAUGUAAUUUUUAAAAAGAUAGAUAAGUAUUUUGAAAAAAGGGUAUAUAAAAAUUUUAUAUAUAUAAGGAACCUUCAGAAAGAUCCUACUAUUAAAAAAAGUAGGUUAAUAAAAAUACUAUUUAGAAGAUAUCGCUUCUUUUUGAUUAUGCCAUUUGUAAUGAAAACGUUUGGAUUAAUAAUAUUUAUAAUACGUGCAUCAGUAAAUUUGAAUUCCACCCCAAUCAUAAAAACCAUUUUGCUUACAAUGAACGCAUUAGUUUCACAUGUUUUAAGUAUCAUCUCUAUUAUAUGCCUCAUUUAUAUAAUUGUAAAAAGAGUACAAUUUGAUGGGUCAUCAAAAAAUAAGAAAAACUAUUGUUAUAUGUGUAACGGUUACGUAUAG